UGUUGGUGGUGGCUCUUCUCCUAGUUUAGUCAGGAAUAUAUUUAUUUAUUUCCAUUUUGAGACAAUUUUGGCACAGUUUUAUGAAUGUUUGAAACAGGAUUUUAAGGAGUAAUAUCAGUAGUCAAACGUCUUCUAUUUCAAUUGGAUUUAAUUGGUGAUUUGCGGAUAAUAAUUCAGACCAAUCUUCGACUGGAAGUUUAGAUUCACCAAGCAGCUCUCCAGCGAACAGAUAGUGGUAAUGAAGACGUCAUCGUAGCCAUUUCCCGGCCAUAUAAACAACAUGGACGUCGAAUCCGUCAAGUCAGGUCGGAGUGACCGAUCUGAACGAUCUCACCGCAGUGGUGGGCACAGACAUCGGCGGAGCAGGAGCCGUGACAAAAUCAUGCGGAUACCAGACGAUCGGUCGACAGUCAUCUCAGGCGAUGGUCAUGCUGAGGAUGAACGCAUCGAAGUACAAAUUCUACCUCAGGAUGAUAACUGGGGCGAAAAUACGACGGCCAUAACUGGUGCAACAUCCGAGACUGCUUUCUCGAUGGAGGACAUGACGCGGAUGACGAAGGAUAUGGAGGACAGUAUAGGAUUAGAUUGCUCACGAUACGCUGGGACAAUCGUUAGUGGAAUUCUGGGAGUUCUAGCAUUUUUGUCGCCGAUUGCCAUGGUCAUAAUCCCAAAACUUGGCAUCGACGGUUGGACAGAAGCGGGGCCAUGUGACCCUGAGUGUGAGGGAGUACUCAUCAGCUUCGCAUUUAAACUACUCAUAUUAUUAAUCGGUACAUGGGCGUUGUUUUUCCGGAAACCGAAAGCGACGAUGCCGCGGGUAUUCAUCUUCCGUGCGCUCAUCAUGUUUCUCAUCUUUGUGCUGACAUUUGCGUUCUGGUUAUUCUACGGUGUGCGCAUAUUUAAAGAAAAACAACAAAACUACUACCGGGUGGUUCUGUUCAGCGUGUCAUUGGUCGAUGCCUUGUUAUUCAUACAUUACCUAGCGAUCAUCUUGUUAGAAAUACGCCAACUACAGCCGCAGUAUACGGUCAAAAUCUGCCGGUCACCAGACGGCGAGGCGCAUUUCUACAACAUGGGACAGUUGAGUAUCCAACGUGCUGCCACAUGGUGUUUAGAGCAGUACUAUAAAGAUUUCCAGACAUACAACCCAUAUUUAGAAGCCGCAUCAAGGCUCCAAAAUAAAAUGACUGGUUUUAAAUUCUAUGACGUCGAUGGAGUGAAUAAGAAUCCGACUGAUCAAAACCCACAAGUAACAACGAGAUCACGAGCUAUAUUCGCCGCAGCUGCACGGCGGAGGGAUACGAGUCACAACAUUAGGUUCUACGAGGAGGAGGAAUAUGCUCGGCGUGUGCGUAAACGACGGGCGAGGCUGAUGACGGCAGCGGAGGAAGCAUUCUCACAUAUCAAGAGGAUGGCAGGAGAACAAGGCCCAGCCAUCCCGAUGGACCCUCAGGAAAGCGCACAAGCUGUUUUCCCCUCCAUGGCACGAGCUCUCCAGAAGUAUCUCCGCAUCACCCGCCAGCAGCCUCGCUACACCAUGGAGUCGAUCAUGAACCAUCUGGCGGUGUGUAUAUGUCACGACAUGGGGCCAAAGGCUUUCUUAGAGAAGUACUUGACCCAAGGCCCAAUUAUUCAAAACGAAAGGGAAUAUCGUAAAACACAACCGUGGGUGUUGAUUUGUGACCAGCUAUUAAGCAGAGCAGUCGAACAUGGCACAAUAUUCAAUCUAAGACAAGGUGAAGUGUCGCUGUUGUGUAGCAUUCGCAAAAUACCGCAUUUUUCAGUGACUGAGGAAGUUAUUAACCCUAAGACAAAUAAGUUUGUCUUGAAAUUGCAGUCGGAAACGUCAGUGUAGAAGUGGAUGUGUUCUUGCUGGAUGCUUGUUGUGUUUCUAUCCAAGUUGGGCCUAUAAUCAUGUAUCUAUGGAUUAUGUAGGGCUACGUAUCAUUUUGCUUCUUGGAUUGAAAAACAAUUUAGUUUGACUGAAAAUGUGUUAGCCAAUCAACUGCUGAUGUUUGACUCUGUGGUGACAUAGGGAGCGAAUCAGGAUUAAGGAUAUAUUCAAACGGACUAACCAGAAUCUCUGUUGACUUGAGGUAGCAAAUCAGGAUUCAGGAGUUUAUUGAUAUGGACCAAUCAGAAUCUCUGGAUUACCCAUGUCAACCUAUCACUAAUCAGGAUUUAAAAUUUAGCCAUGGAUCAUGCUGCCAAUCACAAGGAUUGUUUGUGUAUAUGAGGUUCGUCAUGUGGCCACCAGGGGGCUCUUUGCUUGGAGACCAGACUAAGGUGUAUACUCUUUAACUGUCAUGCCAUUUGUAUACUAUUUUGUAAUUAACUUUUGCUAAUUUUCUUUAUAUGGCCUCGGAGAGGUUUGCUACGCUAUUAUUUCUACUUUAAUACUCUACAGACUGUCCCGAAAAAAGUGUCACUGUAAGGCAGAUCAGUUUACUGUUUUUAAGUUUAUUCCAGAUAGGCCUGAUUAUUGAAUAUUUGGGCAGUAGACUGUGUUCAACGUGUUGUAGUAUUGAACAACGUUCCAGAAGACUCAAGAAAAACACUGAAAUGCUCAGGCUUUUCCUGUUCUUUUUUAAAUGUGACUCUCUUUUGGGACAUUCUGUACAUAAUUUGAACAGUAUAUCUUGAGUGCCUUGUUUCUUGCACAACACUGUUACAUGUUCUAGUUCAAGAACGUUUCAUAGCCCAAAUUACAGCCCAAAUCACAAUUGACAUCCCAUAAAUCGCGUCGUUGACACGCUACCCAGCGCAUCAAUCGCGCGUAAUAUAUGAGAAACAUAGAGAGAAAGCGUGUCACUGGUGCGCCAUUGGCGCGGAACUCACACGUAAGUUGCACGUCACUGACGCGAAGCAGGACUGGUGUCAAUUGUGACUUGGACUGUAUUCUGCUUUCAAACAUUACUGAGUCGUCUCUAAGUACUGAUUGUCUUGAAGGAUGUGAAACUUCUCUCCAAAGGUGUUGUUAAACAUAUGAUUGCCUGUCAAAUUCAUUACCAAAAAGAGUAAGCAAUAUUGUGAGGCUUGGCUUGAAGUAGAAUACCCUAUUCCCACAUACACAGCUGACUGGAUAUUUACAUACAUUUGUAGCCCAAGCAUUUUGCAAUGGUACAUGGGGAACACAAACAUUGGUACAGAACACCCUUAGAAAAGAGCUUUGGACUCUGUAUGUCCAAUGGAUAUCUUUAUCUACAAAAUGAUGUCAUUCGGACGUCACGCAAAACUUAUAAUUCUCCGCAUAUGACGCUCAACAGAGGAUGGUGUGAUGUAACAAUAUCAACAUCGCGCGAUCGUUGUUGGUUUCACUUAGAUAGGAGGAGUUUUUCUCGACUAUCUCGUGACUUGCAUGAUAUUUCAGAAUAAAACUUGGAUACGGUAAUGUCACAAAAGCAGUAGUUCAUCAUCGGUUGGCAUCAGUAUGUUAUCGAGAGAAAUCUCAACAGGAGGACGGUUUUUUUCACAAAUUUUCUUAAUGAAAACCAUGUUGAAGAGAUAUAAGAGUGCAUGCGCAAGAUGUUUCCGAAUUGGCCGUGACAUCAUCAGGUGUCCAUCUGUAGUGGACGAUAGUGUACUUAGGACCAUUUUAUAGAAUAAACCGUGUCUUCACCUUCAACAGACAAGUGGAGCCACCUUUUAGCAGUGUGGUGUCGUGUCCCCUAUUUCAAUUUUAACCAAUGCGACAUUUUGAUGUGAUACAUUGAUUUCGACAACAGGCCUAAAAACCUUAUUCGUGCAAACCUAUUCCUUUGAUUCGUACAAAGAUCCAGCUUACCAUCUCGUGUCGGCGCUACCUCUGAGAUUAUACCCCAGGGUGAGUCACCACCUUCUCAGCUCAGAACCUCUAUUGAUCGAAAUGCAACUCAGCCUCUGAUACAAUUGUGAACGUAACAAGCGUGCCAGCACUUCAAUGUCAAUAUGCAGCCUGUCCAUGUUUGACUUAAACAAAACAGAAGUACUCGUGCGAGAGCCUUCUGUGCAGUUUCAUAUCAUGUACAAGAUACUUGAUACAAUUUCUUAAUUAUUCCUGCCGUAAAUUAUGCCUCCUUAUGAAUUUCUUGUUGGGGAUAUCCCAUUUCUCGAGCGAUGUUAAUGGCUUGUAUAUCUGAUAUCAUCGUGGAGAUGACAUGCUUCUAAAGCGGUUCACGAUUGAUACGAGAUUAUGAGCGAUGUCUUUGCCAGUCCUUAACCCAUCCUGAUUCAUGCAGAAGCAUAUGACAGUAUGACGGUACCAUAAUUUAUCUACAUUAAUGGUACAUGACAUGACCUCUUCAUAUGAUUCAUCAUCUGAUGAAAUAAGAUUUACCAUGGUUCCAACAGGAGAGACAACUCCAUGUUGUCAUGUCUUGUGCACAUCGAUGCUUCCACACUUCGACUUAAAGAAUUGGAGCAAUUGUUGCAGAUUCAAGAUGUAACUUGAUGCCUAAUUGGAGGUUACGACAUUACAUACAGCCUGAUAAUGCAAAAAAGGGAGGCUCUGCAAGUGCUACUACAAAACAGUAUGUAUACAUGUGCACACAGCUGAUCUGACAACUUCCAUUUUGUCUAUGGGCGAACUUUAUCUUGUCUGGAAGCCCUCGGCCAUUUCUAUCAAUUAUACCAGCAGUGUAUGACUGGUAUAGAUACUGUGCUGGAUGUACAGAGGAACCUUAGCGGACACCUCUCUAUUAAGGACACCUGUUUUGGUCUCAAAGGGGUUGUUUCCAUUCAAUCUAACAUCUUUAAUCAGGACACCUCUCUAUUAAGGACAGCAGUUGUCAGUCAUGUGGGUAUCCUUAAUAGAGAGGUUUUAUUGUACUCAUUUUGGCCUGGGACAACAUCCUAUUUCCAGGAUUGGUGUGUAAAAAGUUGACACUUGUCAUAAGACUACAAGAGGAAUCCAGUGGGUUUAUAGCAAAUUUAAUUUCCAGACCGUCCAAAACAAAUUACGUUGCCAUGGAAACAACAUAAUCCAAUCACUGUGCAACAGGGAUAUCGCAAGAUUCCUAGCUUAUCUCUGGUCUCAUUCGUAACUGUCAAGCAAACACACAUUAAUUAGGGCAAAUAAGAUUAAUUGUUUGAAGAUCGUUAGCGACUUAACGAACCCUGAGUUUAUGUAACGAAGUGUCAUUAAUUACUACUGGAUUAACGAGAUGAAAAUUUCAACAUUUCGGGCGUAUUUCCCCAAGAUUGAUAAUGGUUGAAGAAAAUGUUGAUCAUGCAUGAUGAUUCAGAAUUGGCUUAGAAACUCCACAGAUUAUGAAAUGUGGUUUGCCCCUUUGCUGGGGUGCAAAUGGAAGAGUUUGAGAAAACGUUUCAAAAUGUUAGUUUGUAAAACACUAUUUUAUGAAAGCAGGCGCUCAGUCUAUCAAUUGAGAUCAGCGUCCACAUUUAAACAACCUGUUCUGACAUACCUGAUGUUUUGCCCUUAGAUUCCAAAGGUGAACAAAGUUUUAAACAAAUCUCAAGCUGAAAAGAUGUCUAAUAAUCAUCUGCAAUAUAACUUUUCUGAUGAUUUGAAACAAAUUUGACAAAAAAACAUAUUACUGUAAUAAAUUUGAAAUCCGUAUAGCUUUGUCAGUUUUAAAGAAAAUGUUAAAAAGCAUGAUGGUCUAUAAUUUCAAGAGACAUUGGGCUGUGAUAUGUGGCACAUAUUGAUGACAACAUAUUCCAGUGGUCGUCGGUGAUUUCAAAGCGAAAUAUUUGGCAUUCAAGUGGCACAACGGCCGAUGAGAUUAUUCAGGAUGUUGGACUUGUUAAUUCGGUCGCCACGGCAACCAAAGGAGAUAACUUGCGAGAUGAAUAUCUCAAAUGGUUAAUCUUCCUGCUUUGGCGUACUAGACACCGCUGAGUUGUAUGGGAGGUGACGGGAAAAGAUGAAGUGAUGGUAAAUCUCCUCAGAUGUCCUUCGUCUUAUAGUAGAGUGAUAAGGACACUUGACAAAUUACCUGAAGUUAAUAACAGGUUCAAGGACCUUGUUGAAAUUUUGAUAAAAAAUAAAAGAUGGAAAAAUUAUGUAGAAAAAUUAUUCACAUUUUUAGACUUGCCUCAAGAAACCUUAUACAGUAGAACCUCUCUAUUGAGGACACCCAGUACUAUCCUUAAUAGAGACGUGUCCUGAUUGAAGAGGUCAAAUUGAAUGGAAACGACCAAUUUAAGACAAAAACUGGUGUCCGCUAUGGGAGGUUCCCCUUCAACAACACAAUAAAUGAGUUUUAGAACAGAGAGUCCUGCGAUUAAGGGGUGAAUCUUUGUAAUCCAAGUCACCAUUGAUUGUGAUUUGGUUGAAGAAUUCUCACUGUGUCUGGGGUCCCCUUCACACCAUUUGUUUAGUAUUUGUUCGUAAGAGUCCCAAGCAAAAGGAACAAAACCUGAGAACAACACACGGAAAAAAAUCAAGGGUAAAGGAGCUCAAUAAGCGAGAGGCAAGCGACACCACCUAAGACACAACAAUCAUACAAUCCUUAGUAAUAUAAUAUCAGCAUCUUAGGUAUAUAUUUGAAUGGUACAAAGAUGACACAUCUUUUUCAACAGGAUCUCGUUUGUCGUAACCUGUUGUUAUCCCUCGUGGAUUUUGCCGCUCCAAUCUUUUUGCACCAUUGUUAAGAAAUUUGUAUCGCAUUUCUUGCUACCUGUGACAAUGAGUAUUAUCUGUAUGAUGUUGGAUUAUUUCUUAGAAUACUUUUGUAAGAUAUUAUCGUGAUCUGGGAUCAGGAUUUCUUACGAAAGUAUCUAUGACUUUGAGAGAUUGAUGAUUAGAGAGGUUCAACAGGCCAAGGUCAAGUCGCAAUAACCCUUUCUUAACCAAGACAGAUUUGAUCAUGGAAAUGAUUGCCACAGGCAUGCAUUGGGAGAACUAAAAUUCUGCCAAACCUCACAAUAUUGUUCUGAUGUUUGAUAUCAUUUGACAAGUUUGUUAUACCAAUAUAUCUCGGGUGUAACAAUCUAACAUGUUGAGACGAGUCGGUAAUCCCAACCUUUUGCCAAGUAAGUGUCACAAUUGGGUGCAGUAUUCUGAUUGGUUAUUGAGAUUUCGUCAUUGAUCAAUCAGAUUGAUGCCUUCUUGGGCCUGGUUUAGAAUGCUACCUUUCUCCUGUUAGUAUUCAAGUCACCCUAGAAAGUAUGUGUACCAUCUCACUGCCUGCUUGGAUGUCGAGCAAAAAAUGCUUUCUGCAAACUCAACAGUUAGAUGGAAACAGUGGGAAAAAGAAACAAAGAACAUUGUACUUCACCCAACGAUUGUCUAUACAGAUAUAUCAAAUCAAACCUUGAAGGACUGUAAAUCAGGAGAUGUUUGCUUGCCUUUCAUUUUAAUGUCAACUGAUUGUCGUGAAAAUAUAAUGGUCUUAAAAAAUCUAAUUGAAUUACUGUUAAUACAGAGUUGCCAAAAUUCUACAUUGUAUAAGGUGUAUGCUAAAGUUGCAAUUAACAAGAAGAUGAAAUGGAAUAUUUCCUGGUUUACAGUAGUAAUUUGCUUUUAGUGAUACAGUCCAAAUCACAAAUAACAACCUGUAAAUCGCGUCAUUGACGGUAUGCAAGCAUUUCUUCUCUCCCCUCAACUUGUGUACAUAGCUCAUCCGAUGUUGUCCGCCGUCUGUUUUGCUGCAGUUUUUGUACAAAUGUUUGCCAUCGAUGUGAGAAGUUUAAGGAUGGCUGGUUCUGCAAAUUAUCAUUCUGUCUUGUCUGAGAUGAGAGCAGCUAGCACUCUCAGUUUUCGUCUGUGUUGGACCAAAAAAAAACCUGUGGUGCCUUCCCAAUGCGAGGCUGGUUAAGUUUAGAUGAAAACCUACAUAAUUUUGGGUGAAUCCAAAAUCGAUGUCCUGCUGGUCUCAGUUAGAUUUUACUGCCUGAACAUUAAAACUGCAGGGGCUAUUUUAAAAAACUUUUGUCUUGGGGGGAGCAGAACACCAGUUUUUGCCCAAAUUCUGCCUAAAACACUCGUUUUUCGGGGAUUUCUGGGCGGCCAUAGCCCUCUUCCCCGCUCAAUACUGCUCUCAUCUCAGUCACAAGACAUCCCAUGUAGCUGAUGUUCUAGUGUAUCUAACUGUUCAUGUAAAAUAAAGAUAUACCUAUAUUUAA